AUGCAAACAGCACAAACUGAGAGCCUUCAAAAUUGCAGAAGAAGAGAAAAGAAGAAGAAUGAGAAACAAGAGAAACAACAGACAGUCAAUUCCUCACAGGCGGAUACAAUGGCACCUGUUCGCCCUAAGAGCAAUUCCAAGUCCGCACCAUCAUCGCGAGACACACCCUCCAAGGGAAACGAAGCAUCCGGUUUCGCGGAUUCCGCCUUUCACACAUCCAAGAAGGACAAGCGCGUCAUAAAACAUUCGACUUUUGUUUCGAAAAUCGAAAAAUCCCACAAAAAACCGCUCAAGCGCCGCCGCCCUUCGAAAAAGCUGGUCGCGAACCUCGACUCGCUCGCUGAGGCUUUGCCGGACGCUGACGAUAAUCCACGCGCAGACAGCCAGGUCAACAUCAUCAAGCAAAAGAGCUUGAAACACAGACCUGGCGCUAUGAAACGGAAAGAAAAGCUAGAUCAAUUCGAGAGGAGCCGCUUUGCGAAAAACAUGGCACAGAUGGCCCGCAUGGAGUCGACGGGACCAGCCUCGACUUCAGACGGGACUCCAACAGCCACACAAUCUUCAUCAUCUAAUCGGUGGACUGCUUUGAGAAAUUUCAUCUCACACACUAUAGAUCAAAACCCGGAAUUCAAACGAUGA